AUAUUUAGGUAGCGAGGAAGGGCUUUUUUGUGGAUCCAAGAGGGCGGCGAGACAAUGCAGGAGAUCAAGAAUGUGUCCCUGCUCGUCGUGAUCUCCACCACCGUGCUCUUCCUCGUCGCGUUUGGCCUGGCGGUCGGAGCCGAAUCGAAGCGCAGCACGGCGGCCGUGGGACACGAUGACACUGGGACGCUCACCUAUUGCGCCUACGGCAAGGAUAUCUCCACCGGGCUGGGAGCCGGCGCCUUCUUGUUCGUGCUGCUCGCUCAGGGGAUUAUAAUGGGCGCUACCAAGUGUCUGUGCUGUGGAGCGCCUCUCAGCGACGGCAAACCAAGAACUCUAGCGAUCUUCUUUUUCAUAUUCUCAUGGAUUUGCUUCUGCAUUGCGCAGAUCUGCCUUGCCGGAGCCUCUGCUCGCAACUCCAUCCACACGAAUGGAUUCGCGACUCCAAACGAGCCUCUGGAUUGCGUGGAGCUCCGGAGGGGGGUGUUUGGCGCCGCCGCCGCGUUCAUCUUCUUCACCAUGCUGCUCAGCGAGGCGUACUACGUUUUCAUCGUCAAGGCCAGAGAGGGCUCGUGGCAAGCUUUCGAUGUCCGGGACUCGUUCAACUUCCGAGACUCUUUCAAGUUCAGUCGCAACUUCAACCUCCGCGACUCCUUCAAUUUCCGGGGUGGUGGAUCCGUCGGCAUGACUCCAACGGGAACUUCAGCCGGGCCUGGAACUGGAACUGCAAGCUAGCGUACCAAUUCCUUCUUUUUCUCUUCUUCUUUUUACCCGGGGCCUGUUUUUUCCAGGAGCGGGGAGCUCCAUAUUCGAUCUAGCUUGUCUAUACGUACUAUCGUCUAUAGUGUUAGUUGCCCAAUCUCCUUCAUGGUGUUGGUGGAAGGUUGGUCGAUUCUGUAAGUUUCUUCCAGCUUCCAGUUUUCUAUGCUUUAUUCAUUGUGAAGGACGAAGCUUCGCUUUCCUACUGUUUGACAAAGCUGUGCUGCCAUUUCACGUUGUUUAUUUCCCUUCGCAAUUGUUUAACGACAUUGUUUCGUGAUCGUA